ACACAAGUCAUCAAAAAUAAAGAAACAACUCAUUAUCAACUUACUUCUAUAGUUAACUUGUUACUAACCUUAUUAGUUGAAAACAUGAUGAUGAAACAAGUUGUCUACUUCUCAUUCCUCUUUCUCAGUUUCUUUUGCCACUGCAAAGGAGCCACAUUAGCUCACUCUCCAGCCCAAGCUCCAUCAAAAAAUGUAGCCAUAGCCCCAACUAAGGCUAAGGCCUUAACCCCAACCAAAGCACCAACAUCAUUGCCAGUGCCAGCAGUGGAGCCACCAUCUCAAGUACCACUCGUCCAAGCACCACCUCACAAAGCCCUUCACACACCAACAGACGUCACCAAAAUCCUCGAAAAAGCCGGUAUCUUCAGUGUCUUCAUCCGCCUCCUUAAGAGUACUUCUGUAAGCAUUCAAAUAGAGAAUCAGUUGAAUGUAUCCAACACAUUGACCAUUUUUGCCCCAACAAAUGGGGCCUUUGGUGCUCUGAAACCUGGCACUCUCAACACACUCUCUAACGAAGACAAAGUCCAACUUGUCCAAUACCACAUUCUUCCCACUUUAGUUUCACUCCAAAACUUUGAGACUCUCAGUAACCCUGUACGGACACAAGCUAGCAAUACCAAUGACUUCCCUCUAAAUGUUACUGUGGAAGGAAGCUCUGUUAACAUAUCUACUGGAAUUGUUAACACUACCAUUUCUAGUACUGUUUAUGAAGAUAAUCAGCUUGCUAUUUACAAGGUCGAUAAGGUGUUGUUGCCUCUGGGAAUUUUCGGUCCGAAACCGAAGACAAAGCAGCACUUGGCACCUUCUCCCACACCAUUGAAACCUUCUAAAGAUACUAAUUCGUCUUCGUCUUCGUCUUCUUUAUCCUCUUCCUCCUCUUCUGAAGAAUCCAUCAGUCCAGAUGUGGCAGAAGGGAACAAGUCGAAGGCUGUUGUUCUUAUCAAUAAUGGUGUUGUACAUAUUGGAGUUGUUAUGGUUGUUGUAAUCACUAUGUGGGGUUAUUUUUAAUUUUAUCUACAUUUGUUGAUGGAACUAUUUCUAUUUUCAUGUUUGAGUUGUACUUUCAAAUCUUGAUUUAUUUUGUUUGUUAAGAAAUGAUAGAAUGAGAACAUGUUUGAGCUUUGAAAACAUUUUAGUUUUGUAUUAAUGAAAUUCAUGAUUUGUUAUUUUGUGUUUUCUUAUAUACAAAAGAAAAAGUAAUAAAAUUUGGAUUUUGGAACUAAAUUUAUUAAAAAGAGAACGAUUAGUGAUCUCAAUGAAAGCUAAAGUAAUUUUCUUUUCUUUCUUUGUCUUUUUUGGGCUUAAUUAGGUCCACAUUAAUUGGAACAUAUCCAAUUAGUGGAAUGAGUUAAUUAAUGAGAUUCAUAUGUUCUCAUUCAUAUGUAAGUGACAACAUAACAUUUCUCACAAGAAUAUGUAGAUUCUGGCCGUUC